AUGUAUGGUGUCACAUCUGGCUUCCGCGUCCCAGCAACCACUCGAUUCUACUCUGAAAUGGCCGAUGAACCUACACUUCCUUCACAUUCUAAUCGCCUCUCCGGUCGCACUUGUAUGAUAACAGGCGGAACAUCAGGUAUCGGCUUCGCAAUUGCAGAACGGUUUUUGCAAGAAGGAGCUACAACCGUCAUUCUUGUCGGCAGAUCUCAAGAGCGGCUCCAAGCCGCAGCUGGACGUCUUGAUAUCUCAAAAAAUCAUGGCGACAACGCUACAGGCACAUCGGACAAAGUGCGUCUGCUUGUCGGCGACGUAGGAGAGACAUUGCAUCAUGGAAGCAUGAGCUGGAGAAAGAAAUGGUUAGCUCCCCCAUACAUCGCCGGAGCAACGAGAACUAAUAUUCCGCAGGCCAAUGUGGACAUCCUCGUGAAUGCAGCGGGUAUAACUAUCAACAACAUCCUCCCAAGAGCCGAACUGCAGGAUAUCUCAGACAUCUUGCGCACGAAUCUUGAAGGCGCCAUGCUCACCUCCCGGGCAUUGGUGCGCGCGGCAAUUCGGAACAGAGUACGCAACCGUAAAACGGCCGAUGAUGCAGAAAUAUCGCGGUCGAAGUGUAUCAUAAAUAUCUCUUCCCUGCUUGCACUCAAGGGUGGAACUGGGGCUGUUCCGUACGCUGCAACUAAGGCUGGGCUCUUGGGUCUGACGCGAUCAUUAGCUGUUGAGGCGUCUGUGUCGCUGAAGGGUGCCGUAAUUCGGUCUAAUGCCAUCGUACCAGGAUAUAUUGAUACACCAAUGAUCGCGGACUUUACACCAGGCGAAGUUGAUAGACUCAAGGCUAUGAUCCCUCUCCACCGAUUCGGAAAGGCCACCGAGGUUGCGGAUGCGGCUGUCUUCCUCGCAACAAAUGAAUACGCCAACAACUGCAUACUCAAUCUCGACGGCGGACUUGGUGCUGUAUAA